UCUACUCUUCUGCCGUGACUUUCGUGAUACCUUUUCGAUUCUUCCUUCUUGACCUCCAUUGCGCGCAGUGCAAUUGAUCGGCCAAUUGUUCCAUACGACAGUAAUACUCACGGACAUUGAGAGCCAAUUGAGCUGCCAAUUCGCCCAAUAUGUCAGCCAAACACUUCAUCAAUGACCCUACCCACUUGGUCAACACAGCUCUUCUCGCAAUUCCUUACACGAAUCCCGCUGUGGCAUGCGACAUCGACAACAAGAUCAUUCAUAUGCGCGGAUCAGCGAUCCGCAGCCCACAGGUUUCAAUUGUUUCUGGCGGAGGCAGCGGUCAUGAACCUUCAUUUGCCUCUUUUGUAGGACACGGCCUGCUGUCAGGCGCAGUUGCAGGCACCAUCUUCGCAAGCCCAAGUGCCGAGCAGAUCAGGAGAUGCAUUCUGCACAGAGUGAGAAAAGACAAGGGAGUUUUAGUUGUGGUGAUGCGAUACACAGGUGAUGUCCUCAAUUUCGGCAUGGCAGUGGAGAAAGCUAGGUCGCAUGGGAUCGAGACCGACAUGGUGGUUGUUGGGGAUGAUGUUGGGGUUGGUCGCGAAAAAGGUGGAAAAGUGGGGAGGAGAGGGAUUGCGGGGACUGUCCUUGUCCACAAGAUCGCUGGAGCAUUGGCGGCACAAGGCGCAAGCUUGAAGGAGGUCACACAGGUCGCACAACUCACUGCCGAUAAUCUCGUCUCUAUUGGCUCCUCUCUAUCGCACGUUCACGUCCCUGGACGAAGUGCAGAUGUCGUUGCUGAGGAUGAACUCAAGGAGGGAGAGGUCGAGAUUGGCAUGGGCAUUCACAAUGAAGCCGGCUCAGAGCGAAAGGUCACAGAUCUCCCCAACCUCGUCCAGACUAUGUUGAAACACGCUCUUGACGCAAGCGACAAGGACCGAAAUUUCGUCAACAUCUCUCAUGAAGACGAUGUGGUCCUGUUGGUGAACAACCUGGGUGGAGUUAGUCCUCUCGAGUUGGGCGGCAUCACGAACGAGGUCAUCCAACAGCUCGCCAAAGACUACAAGAUCUCGCCGAUCAGAAUAUUGUCAGGCACCUAUAUGACCAGCUUGAACGGCCUCGGCUUUUCCAUUACCUUGUUGAAGGUCAAGGACACUGGUCUCGGGGCCGGAAAGUCUAUGCUUGAGCUAAUCGAUGCACCUGCCGAGGCAAGCGGGUGGACGGCUGCCGUCACCAGCGAUACCUGGGCCAGGCGACGAAGCUCCGCAAAGGAGGAAGAGCGUAUCGUCGAGGAGGAAGUUCAGCCAAGCAACCUAAGAUUUGACUAUGCACACGCUAAAUCAGCCUUGACAACGGCUCUGAAUCGAUUGAUUGCUGCGGAGCCUGAUAUCACGAGGUACGACACAAUUGUUGGUGAUGGAGACUGCGGUAUUGGAUUGAAGCGAGGAGCCGAAGCAAUCCUAUCACAAUUGGAGAAAGCGAAGACCACCGAUGAUGUGCUACUCUUCGUGAAUAGCAUAAUCCAAGUCGUUGAGCUUGCAAUGGAUGGAACUUCCGGAGCUAUUUACGCCAUCUUCUUGAAUGCGCUUGCCCAUGGUCUUCGCCAACAAUCGCCAUCCUCUCCACAGCCGGUCACGGCCGAAAUCUGGGGUAACGCUUUACAAACAUCUCUCAAAUCGCUGAGCAAAUACACUCCUGCGCAACCGGGAGACCGUACAUUGAUGGAUGCGCUGUACCCCUUUGUUGAGAACCUUUCGCAGUCUCGCAAUAUCGAUUCGGCAGCAGAGGCUGCGGCGGAAGGAGCAAGGGGAACACAGGGUAUGAAGGCGAGCUUAGGACGAACAGUUUAUGUGGGUGGUGAAGGCUGGCAAGGAGUCCCGGAUCCAGGAGCGCACGGACUGGCAGAAUUGUUGCUUGGAUUGAGCGAAGGGUUGAAAAAGUGA